AUGGCUACAGGUAACUCGGGAAAGAUCACCGACUGGGUGAAUCCCAAUGACAAGUCUGGCGAAUUCAAACGUCAGACGUCUGCCUUCCGUAACUUUAUCUCGCGCGAGACCGGUGCAGAGUUCCCUCCAGAGAAGGGUCGCUACCAUCUUUAUGUGUCAUAUGCUUGUCCAUGGGCUCACCGAACUAUGAUCACCCGUAAGCUCAAGGGGCUGGAGGACAUUGUUUCUUUCUCCUCAGUACACUGGCACCUCGGAGAGAAAGGAUGGCGCUUUGUCACCUCCGACGAGGACCUGCCCGGCGAGAACACCAUUCCCGACCCGCUUCACAAGGAGUUCACUCAUCUCCGUGAUAUCUACUUCUCCAAUGACCCCGACUAUACGGGUCGCUUUACUGUCCCAGUGCUCUUCGAUAAGAAGACCAGCCGGAUUGUAAGCAAUGAGAGCGCCGAGAUUAUCCGCAUGUUCUACUAUGAAUUCGACGAUCUCCUUCCCGAGCAAUACAAGAAGCUGGACCUCUACCCUGCUGCCCAUCGCUCCGAAAUUGACGCCUCCAACGAAUGGAUCUACAACGACGUGAACAAUGGCGUUUACAAGUCCGGAUUCGCCACGACACAGGAGGCCUACGAGAAGGCCGUCACAACCCUGUUCUCCUCCCUCGACAAGGUGGAGGCACAUUUGGCCAAACAGGCUAGCGUCUCUCCCUUCUUCUUAGGAGAAACCGUCACCGAGGCUGAUAUCCGGCUGUUCACCACCAUCAUUCGCUUCGACCCUGUCUACGUGCAGCACUUCAAGUGCAAUAUCCGAGACAUCCGUUCCGGCUACCCGGCCAUCCAUCGCUGGGUACGGAAUCUGUACUGGGAUGUUCCUGCCUUCAAGGAGACUACGGACUUUGAGCAUAUCAAAAAGCAUUAUACCAAGUCUCACAAGCAGAUCAACCCGUUCUCAAUCACGCCUGUGGGCCCGGUGCCGGACAUUUUGCCCAAGGACGAGGAAGUGAGAGCCGUGCAGGCUGCCAAGUGA